AUGAACCUCGCUGCAUCGGAGAACACUCGAUAGUCGACGUCGGUAUACUUGAGAGCAGCAUGACUGUCAUGAUACAUCCCAUAGACGAUUAGGACCGCACGGAGAAGGACUCCGAGGAAGACGACAUGCUUGAAGGUAACAUGCUCGAGACGCAUUGACAGGGGGGGCACCAAACAGGGGCACAGAAAAAUCAAACGUGCAAAAAUAUUGCCGACGAACGGGUGUGGGAAACACUUGUGUGAUCAAGUCACGCUUGCACAGCAAUUCCCAGGACAACGACGGCAACGAUGAGUGCCAAAGGGAAACAGCGCGCAGAGAGCAAGGUCGGAGAUGGUCGAUUAUACGAGUAUGACCAAGACCAUGGAGAUCCCUCAGAAUCUACAUCGCUUCUUGCGCCUUCAUCCACUACUGUCGUGAACGAGUACGGCACGGGUUCGGCGUCAGGCAACAACAACUCUCGGUCAUACUCUGGGCGUCGUCGAACCUGGGUUAGAGCACUUGUCUGGUUCCUAUCGUUUCUGUCCCUCUCUCUUUUCUUUUUCAUAAUAAUCGUUCUUUUCUUAUUCUCCUCCUUUGACCGGGCUCCGGCUGCCCGGCGAGCCCCUGCAGAACUCCUCGCGCACGGUAUACGUUGGGAGACCUCUUCUGUAUCUUUGGACAACGUAACGGGAGGCGAUGUGGAUAUUACUGUCCAUGGGGUGCUAGGCUUCGACACGGACUGGAUCCUUGGAGUGGACACCGAUGCCAGUGUCUUGGCCCCUCUUAGACGCUCUUUGACUCGUUGGGCGAUCGGUCAUAUCGGAGACCUGAAAGUUGCCCCCACCACUGCUUCCUUGUACGGUCGCCUAGGCAAAGUCGAUGUGCUUAUUGCGAACGUAUCCACAAGAGAGGAGGCGACCAUUUCAGUUGUACCUACCAAACGAGGUGGGAUUGUUCAUAUGCAAGAUGUUCAUAUCCCCUUGCGAAUACGAUCGCCGAACAAUUCCAUGUCGGUCCUGAAGUGGAGUAACCGUACUUGGACAGAAGGAAAGGCGAACAUUCGCGUCUACCUACCUGAGGCUACGGUUUCGGCUGCAAGGUCCGCCUGGUGGCUACCGAACUUUAGCAGGAAGGAGCACGACAUCAAUGCUUCGGCAAAGUUCAAGCUGCCGCAGACUCCCGAUGGUUUUCCUAGCCCUGGAGAACCGUUCGCUCUGUCCAAAGUCUUCACUCUUGUGAACUACUCAAUGGGGAUAUUGAACAGCAAACAUGGGGCCCACGAAAUCGGUUUUUCUGCUCUCGCUAGCCUCUUGCUACCUCUAACACAGUCAACGUUGUUGAAGCUCAAUUUGCCUUCGGAUCUCCCCCAAUUUCGCUUUCAAGUCUCGCUAAUUAAUGGUGAGGGAGGAGUAAAUCGCACUGUUCCCUUCGUUCUCCUCUCCACAUCGCCCGAGUUGGACAAUGGCACUUCCGAUUCAGAGCUCGCAUCUGUCAAUUUUCCCGUCAAGGGUUCGUUGUUACCCUUACUUCCAUCCACUGUUCCACCGCUUUCACGACUUGUAUCCAACUAUCUAUCUGCGCAAUCAUCUAUCAUAAUCCUAUCAUCUGCUCCACUUGCCAAAGGCAAAUCAUUAAUAUCUCUCCCUCCCACCCCCAUCACCAUCCCUGGACCAUCAAAGCGACCAAAGAUUUUGAAAAACAUAACCGUGAAGAACAUGCACCUUUCUCCGUCCAAGUCGGGUGACACGCUCGUCGCUUCUGGGACGCUCUUCGCGACAUAUGGCCUACCGACGGCAAUGCAGGACCUCACUCCUUUAAUAGACAUCCGGAAGGUUUGGCCCGACACGCUUAUUUUCAACGGGGAAGUGCCACCUGACACCUUUCGAGACGAUAAUGAAGGCUCUGGAAGGAUAAUGACGCCCGGGGAAAACCCUCUGCCGGAUCCGUUACCUGAACGGGCAUUUGCGCGUAUCCUGCCAGAGGACUGGAUACCAGCGCACGAAGUGCCCCCAGAGAACGCGGCUGACAUUUUGAACAGGAACGAAGCAUCUUCGAAAUGGAUGGAUAUGCAAGGCGGAGUCGUCACGGGCGUCGUAACAGCCGAGAUCGUGGAUGUCCCGCUGCAGAUUUUGCCUGGUCGAGACGCCGAGUUCCAAGCUUUCGUUCGGAAGAUCAUGUUGUCCCGAGGUGCGGGGGUCCCGGCCGGCGUGAAGGGAACUGCUGCCAUUGGGAUCCGUGUUGAAGGGCUGACAUUACCACGUUCUGCCUUCUCGCGACCAGACGAAGAUGACGACCAGCAGGACAUUGAACUCGAGGGUUUGACAUUCGAAGGCAACGUUACUGUCGGGAAGAAGAACUCAUGGCGCUGAGGGAAGAGUGCGUGAAUAGUUUCGUUUUUGGUAUAAUUCCUGUAGUAUGAUUUGUAUCAUCAUGAUAGCAGCAGCCAUGUAGUAACCCCGCGACAAAUUUACUCACCAUAAAUGUACUCA